AUGGUUAAACACGAUAGCGAGGUUGAGCUUUCAGAGGAGGACUUUUACAUGCAAAGGGUCAGCAUGGUGAGGAAGGAGAUGAAGGAGGGUGCAAGCAUGUAUCCACACAAGUUCCAGAUAAGCCACUCGUUCCAGGAGAUUCUUCAAGAGAUAGAGAAGACAAGCACGCAGUUUGUUGGAGAGGAUGUGGUCCGGUCUGCCGGCAGGAUAAUGAGCAUGAGGCUCCAUGCAAGGUUUUGCUUUUUUGUUGUUACCUCGAACGGGGAGAGUCUCCAGGUUGUUGUGGACACCAAGGAGGCGGGGAGAGAGCAGAUGGCCAAGUUCCUCAGGAGAGGAGAUGUUGUUGGGUUUACCGGGAACCCUGGAAGGACGAGAACACUGGAGGCGUCUGUAUUUGCCACGGAUAUAAUUGUCCUUACGCCGUGCCUCAGGACUAUUCCUACGGAGCACUUUGGGCUGAAGGACCCCGAGACCAUCUACAGGAAAAGAUAUAUGGAUCUUUUGAUUAACAGGGAAUCAAGGAACAGGUUCCAGAAGAGAGCGCAGAUCAUUGGAUACAUUAGGAGCUUUUUGGAUUCGAGAGGGUUUCUGGAGGUUGAAACGCCGAUGAUGAACCUGAUUCCUGGAGGAGCAGCGGCAAAGCCCUUUAUAACCCACCACAACGAGCUCAAGCUGGAUCUGUACAUGAGGGUAUCUCCUGAGCUGUACCUGAAGAAGCUUGUUGUUGGGGGUCUUGAGCGGGUGUAUGAGAUAGGGAAGCAGUUUAGGAACGAAGGGAUUGAUCUUACCCACAACCCGGAGUUCACGUCUUGCGAGUUCUACAUGGCGUAUGCAGACUACAACGACCUUAUGGAGAUGACUGAGGAGCUGAUAAGUGGAAUGGUUGAAAACAUGUUUGGUACGGACACGAUAGUGUACAGCCCGAAGAAGAGAGAGGAAAGGACGGAGUCUGUGGAGCUGUCGUUCAAGAGGCCCUUCCGAGUCAUAAGUAUUCUCGAGGAGCUUAAUGCUAGACUCGGGCUGGAUCUCAGUGGGGAGACUCUUGACAGGGAGGAGACUCUGGAGAAGCUCUUGUCUGCCUGUGAUAAGGAGGGGCUAUCUGUUGAAAAGCCUCGGACUCUAUCACGGGUACUUGACAAGCUGAUUGGACAUGUUAUUGAGCCGCAGUGUGUGAACCCAACCUUUGUCAAGGACCACCCAAUAGCAAUGUCGCCGCUGGCCAAGAACCAUAGGUCGAAGGCCGGGUUGACUGAGAGGUUUGAGCUCUUUAUCAACUGCAAGGAGAUAUGUAAUGCCUAUACAGAGCUGAACAACCCGUUUGAGCAACGAGAAAGGUUCCUCCAGCAGACCCAGGACCUGAAUGCUGGAGAUGAUGAAGCAAUGAUGAAUGAUGAGGACUUUUGCACAGCCCUUGAGUAUGGACUGCCCCCCACUGGGGGAUGGGGGAUAGGAAUUGACAGGCUUGUGAUGUAUCUGACCGAUGCGGCGAAUAUCCGGGACGUGAUCUUUUUCCCCACGAUGAAGCCUGAAUAA